AUGGCAGCCGUUCAGGCCACGAAAGACGCCCUGGCCCCCGCCCAGCAGCCAAAGGGCACGCUCAAGAUCGAGAACACGGAGAAGCGGGACACGCUGAUUGCCAGCGAGAAGAAGUACCAGCAGCAAUGGCAGCUGAGCAAGGUCUUCGAGCAGGAUGCCCCGUCGCUGGAGGAAGUGCCAUACCACUCCAUCGCUCCCGCGGAGCUGCGCAAGAAGCACCCCAAGUACAUGGUCACCAUGGCCUACCCCUACGUCAACGGCACACCGCACGCCGGCCACUCCUUCACCGCCAGUAAGCUGGAGUUCGCCGUCGGAUGGGCGCGCAUGCAAGGCAAGCGAGCGCUGUAUCCCCAGGGCUUCCACUGCACGGGAAUGCCCAUCAAGGCCUGUGCAGACAAGCUGGUGCGCGAGAUUGACAUGUUUGGCAAGAACUUCGAGAAGUGUCCUGCCGACGAGGUCCAGGACGAGAACAACAAGCCCAAUGGCAACCCACCGGCGCCCACGCAGGAGACGACCAAGGAGGACGUCACCAAGUUCAGCACCAAGAAGUCAAAAGCAAACGCAAAGACCAACGUCGCACUCAAGUACCAGUUCCAGAUCAUGUUGGCUCUCGGGAUCCCCGUCGAAGAGAUCCACAGGUUCGCCGAUCCUCAAUACUGGUUGACACACUUUCCACCACUCUGGCAGCGCGAUCUGAACAACCUGGGCUGCCGUGUCGACUGGAGACGAUCCAUGGUUACCACCGACGCCAACCCAUACUACGAUGCCUUCGUUCGAUGGCAGGUCAACCGUCUGAAAGAGCUCGGCAAGAUCAAGUUCGGCAAGCGAUACACAGUCUACUCGCCCAAGGAUGGUCAGGCAUGUAUGGACCACGACAGACAGUCUGGCGAAGGUGUCGGCGUGCAAGAGUACACUGCAUUGAAGCUCCGCGUCAAGGAAUGGGCGGAGGCUGCCAAGAGCAAAGUUGAGGGAAAGAUACCAGAAGGUGGUAAUGUCUAUUUCGUGCCAGCGACUCUACGACCAGAGACCAUGUAUGGUCAGAACUGCUGUUUCGUCGGGCCAGCUGUCACAUAUGGCAUCUACGAGAUCGAGAAGGGCAAGGAGUACUACUUCAUCUCUGAUCGGGCAGCGCGGAACAUGGCUUUCCAGAACAUUUUCCCGCAAUGGGGUGUGUUUCCCAAAGUCGCUGAGCUGCAAGGCUCGGAUGUUGUCGGGACACUCGUCAACGCACCUUUGUCAACGAAGAAGGAUGGCGUGCGCAUCUUGCCAAUGGAGUCUGUCAAGCCGACAAAGGGUACUGGGGUAGUCACUAGCGUGCCAUCCGACUCGCCUGACGAUUAUGCGACCUGCUUGGAUCUCGCGAAGAAGGCCGAGUACUACAAGAUCCAGAAGGAGUGGGUCGACAUGGACAUUCUACCCAUCAUCGAGACGCCAUCCUACGGCAACUUGACGGCGAAGCACUUGGUUGAAACGAUGAAGAUCAACUCACCGAAGGACGCCAAGCAGCUUGCUGAAGCCAAAGAGCUUGCCUACAAGGAGGGCUUUUACAAGGGCAAGAUGAUCUACGGUGACUUUGCUGGCAAGAGCGUCGAGGAAGCCAAGCCUCUGGUGAGACAACAGCUGCUCGACGCUGGUGAAGCUUUUGCAUACGCAGAACCCGAUGGUCAAGUCAUCAGCAGAUCCGGUGAUGAGUGUGUUGCUGGGCAUCUCGAUCAGUGGUUCAUGAACUAUGGUACGCCGGAGAAAUCUGGUGAUCCAGAGUGGCAGCCCAAGGUCUUGAAGCAUGUUCAGAAUGAGCACGGCGACGGUCUGAACACGUUCUCGACCGAGACCAAGAACGCCUUUGUACAGGUCAUGGACUGGCUAGCUCAGUGGGCGUGCGCACGAAGCUACGGUCUGGGCACGAAGCUGCCAUGGGACCAAAGCCAGCUUGUUGAAAGUUUGUCAGAUUCGACCAUCUACAUGUCAUACUAUACCAUUGCACACUUGCUACACAAGGACAUCUUCGGCAAGGAGCGUGGUGAAGCCAACAUUGCGCCCGAAGAACUCACUGACGAAGUCUGGGAUUGGUUGUUUGACCGGACGGACGAAAUCCCCCAGACCUCGAUCAAGGAAGAGACCCUUCACCGCAUGCGACGCGAAUUCGAGUACUGGUAUCCUUUGGACCUUCGUGUUUCCGGCAAGGACCUGAUCCAGAAUCACUUGACCUUUUUCCUCUACGUCCACGUUGCGCUCUUCAAGCCAGAGUACUGGCCACGUGCUGUGCGUGUAAACGGACACCUGUUGCUAAACGGAGAGAAGAUGUCGAAAUCUACAGGAAACUUCCUUACUCUGUCAGACUCGAUAGCGAAGUUCGGCGCCGACGCAACACGUAUCGCGCUUGCAGAUGCUGGCGACACGAUCGAGGACGCCAACUUUGAUGAGACUGUCGCAAAUGCAAACAUUCUUCGCAUGUACGAGCUUCGUCUGUGGUGCGAGAGCGUCAUUAAUGAUGCUCGUCUUCUCAAAGACGGCGAAACCUACGACCAAGUCCGCCAGAACGAGCGACAUAAGACCAACGACUCAAUUCAGCGCACUGGCGAGAAGCACUUCUGGGACGAGGUGUUCGAGAACGAGAUCAAUGGUCUAGUGAAGGAAGUUGAGCAGCAUUACAGCGAGACAAACUACAAGUCGGCCCUGAAGUACGGACUGUACGACUUCGCCGGCGCGCGCGAUUUCUAUCGUGAAGUGACAAAGGCCGCCGGCAUCGGCAUGCACCACGAUCUGGUGAGGCGCUAUGUCGAGCUGCAAGCAUUGAACGUGACCGUUGUAGCACCCCACUGGGCUGAGCACAUUUGGCUCGAGGUCCUGAAAAAGGCGGAGACUGUUCAGAACGCUCUCUACCCUCAGGCUCCAGAGACCAAGCCGCAUCUUACAGCUGCGCGCGAUUACGUGCGCUCAACGAGUAGCAACAUCACCAGCGCUGAAGGCGCUCAGCUUAAGAAGAUGCAAAAGGGCAAGCAGACUUCAUACGACCCGAAGAAGGACAAGAAGCUUACCGUGUUUUGCGCUCUCAAGUACCCAGAAUGGCAGGACAGCAUCAUCGAUAUCGUGCGGAAGAACUUUUCUGACAUGAAGCUUGACGUUUCUGGCGUGUCAAAGGCUAUCGACAAGAAGGAGAGCAAGCGAGCAAUGCCAUUCGUGCAAGUCCUCAAGAAGAGCCUCGAGGGUGGCAUCGACCCAAGCACAGUUUUCGAGCGCAAGCUGGCAUUCGACGAAGUGGAAGUGUUGACCGAAAUGGUACCUGGUCUACAACAAACCAUCCAAAAGUGCGCAUCUGUGGAGAUCGUGGCGGUGGAACAGGAGGGAAAGAAGGGCAAGGUGGUUGCCGGUGCUUCGGGCGUGAAGGUCGGUGAGGACCGCACAGAGCUGCCUCAGGCUGCAGAGAAUGCUGUGCCAGGCCAGCCGACGUUCUUUUUCGAGAACUCUGCAUGA